GGAGCGCUUGAUUCUUCUGAACCUAGAAGCACAUGGUCAAGGAGCCUGGACACCCACCUCCUCUGCCCCGGCUGCACCUUUCUUGUAGCAUCAGCCUGGGGAGAGAGAUUCAUCUUCACCCUAGGGAAGAGCUGCUACCAGGAGGAGGCAGGCCCAGCCUCAGAUGGGUUACGUCCUUGUGCUUCCUGUGUCUCAGCCAAGAGAAUAAGAUCUAGGUGCGGUCAGGAUCCAUAGCCAGUGUCCGGAUUCGGUGCUGAGAAGCUUGCUUUUCUUGGGAGUCAGGUGUGUGGGGAGGCCAGUAUGAAGCUGAAAAAGCAGGUGACCGUGUGUGGGGCUGCUAUCUUCUGCGUGGCUGUCUUCUCACUCUACCUCAUGCUGGACCGAGUGCAGCACGAUCCUGCCCGACAUCAGAGCGGUGGGAACUUCCCCCGGAGCCAAAUUUCUGUGCUGCAGAACCGCAUUGAGCAGCUGGAACAGCUGUUGGAAGAGAACCAUGAGAUCAUCAGCCACAUCAAGGAGUCUGUGCUGGAGUUGACCGCCAACGCUGAGGGCCCGCCCGCCCUGCUGCCCUACUACACGGCCAAUGGCUCCUGGGUGGUGCUGCCGGAGCCCCGGCCCAGUUUCUUCUCCAUCUCCCCUCAAGACUGCCAGUUUGCUUUGGGGGGCCGGGGACAGAAGCCAGAGCUGCAGAUGCUGACUGUGUCAGAGGAGCUGCCUUUCGACAAUGUGGAUGGUGGGGUGUGGAAGCAAGGCUUCGACAUCUCCUAUGGCCCACAUGACUGGGACGCUGAAGACCUACAGGUGUUCGUGGUACCCCACUCUCACAAUGACCCAGGCUGGAUCAAGACCUUCGAGAAGUACUAUGCGGAGCAGACCCAGCACAUCCUCAACAGUAUGGUGUCCAAGCUGCAGGAGGACCCCCGGCGGCGGUUCCUCUGGGCCGAAGUCUCCUUCUUCGCCAAGUGGUGGGACAACAUCAAUGCCCAAAAGAGAGCAGCAGUGCGAAGGCUGGUGGGAAACGGGCAGCUGGAGAUUGCGACGGGAGGCUGGGUGAUGCCGGAUGAGGCCAACUCCCAUUACUUUGCACUGAUCGACCAGCUCAUCGAGGGACACCAAUGGCUGGAGAAAAACCUCGGUGCGACUCCGCGCUCAGGCUGGGCGGUGGACCCCUUUGGACACAGCCCCACCAUGGCUUACCUGCUGCGCCGUGCCAACCUGACCAGCAUGCUGAUUCAGAGGGUGCACUAUGCCAUCAAGAAGCACUUUGCCGCCACCCACAGCCUGGAGUUCAUGUGGAGGCAGACCUGGGACUCGGAUUCCAGCACAGACAUCUUCUGCCACAUGAUGCCCUUCUACAGCUAUGAUGUCCCCCAUACUUGUGGCCCAGAUCCCAAGAUCUGCUGCCAGUUUGAUUUUAAACGCUUGCCCGGAGGACGCAUCAACUGCCCUUGGAAGGUGCCACCCCGCGCCAUCACAGAAGCAAACGUGGCCGAGAGGGCGGCCCUGCUCCUGGACCAGUACCGCAAGAAGUCCCGGCUCUUCCGAAGCAACGUCCUGCUGGUGCCGCUGGGCGAUGACUUCCGCUACGACAAGCCCCAUGAGUGGGACGCUCAGUUCUCCAACUACCAGCGGCUCUUCGACUUCCUCAACAGCAAGCCUGACCUCCACGUGCAGGCCCAGUUUGGCACCCUCUCAGACUACUUUGACGCUCUGUACAAGAGGACAGGGGUGGAGCCAGGGGUCCGGCCUCCUGGGUUUCCUGUGCUGAGUGGAGACUUCUUCUCCUAUGCGGACCGGGAGGACCAUUACUGGACAGGCUAUUACACCUCCCGGCCUUUCUACAAGAACUUGGACCGUGUCCUGGAAGCCCACCUGCGGGGGGCAGAGAUUCUGUACAGCCUGGCUGUAGCUCAUGCCCGCCACUCCGGACUGGCCAGCCAGUAUCCGCUCUCGAACUUCGCCCUUCUGACGGAAGCGCGGCGCACGCUGGGGCUCUUCCAGCACCAUGACGCCAUCACUGGCACUGCCAAGGAGGCAGUCGUUGUGGAUUAUGGAGUCAGGCUGCUGCGCUCCCUUGUCAGCCUGAAGCAGGUCAUCAUUAACGCUGCGCACUACCUGGUGCUGGGGGACAAGGAGACCUACCACUUUGACCCUGAGGUGCCCUUCCUACAAAUGGAUGACACCCGCUUAAAUCACGAUGCCUUGCCAGAGCGCACAGUCAUCCAGCUGGAGUCCUCACCCAGGUAUGUGGUGGUCUUCAACCCGCUGGAACAGGAGCGGCUCAGCGUGGUGUCCCUGCUGGUCAGCUCGCCCCGGGUGCGUGUCUUUUCGGAGGAGGGUCAGCCCCUGGCUGUGCAGAUUAGCGCGCACUGGAGCUCUGCCAUUGACAUGGUCCCUGAUGUCUAUCAGGUGUCUGUGCCCACCCGCCUGCCGGCGCUGGGCCUGGGCGUGCUGCAGCUGCAGCUGGGCCUAGACGGGCACCGCACCCUGCCCUCCUCCGUGCGCGUCUACCUGCACGGCCGGCAGCUGGCUGUCAGCAGGCAUGAAGCGUUCCCACUACGCGUCAUCGACUCUGGCACCAGCGACUUCGCCCUCAGCAACCGCUACAUGCAGGUCUGGUUCUCAGGCCUGAGCGGGCUCCUCAAGAGCAUCCGAAGGGUGGAUGAGGAGCAGGAGCAGCGCAUGGACAUGGAGUUUCUCGUCUAUGGCACCCGCACUUCCAAAGACAAGAGUGGAGCCUACCUCUUCCUGCCGGACGGCGAGGCCCAGCCCUACGUCCCCAAGGAUCCCCCCGUGCUGCGUGUCACUGAAGGCCCUUUCUUCUCAGAGGUGGUAGCAUACUACGAGCAUGUUCACCAGGUGGUCCGGCUCUACAACCUGCCAGGGGUGGAGGGGCUGUCUCUGGACGUGUCAUCCCUGGUGGACAUCCGGGACUAUGUCAACAAGGAGCUGGCCCUGCGCAUCCACACGGACAUUGACAGCCAGGGCACCUUCUUCACGGACCUCAACGGCUUUCAGAUGCAGCCCCGGCGAUAUCUGAAGAAGCUGCCCCUGCAGGCCAACUUCUACCCCAUGCCAGUCAUGGCCUACAUCCAGGACGCCCAGAACCGCCUCACGCUGCACACCGCCCAGGCCCUGGGUGUCUCCAGCCUCCACGAUGGCCAGCUGGAGGUGAUCUUGGACCGGCGGCUAAUGCAGGACGACAACCGGGGCCUAGGCCAAGGGCUCAAGGACAACAAGAGAACCUGCAACCACUUCCGCCUCCUGUUGGAACGGCGAGCCCUGGGCAGUGAGGUCCCAGAUGGCCACUCCACCAGCUACCCGUCCCUCCUCAGCCACCUGACCUCCACGUCCCUGAAUGCCCCGGCACUUGCCCUGCCCGUAGCCAAGAGGCAGCCCCCAGACCCUGGUCUGCGCUCAUUUCAUCCUCUGGCUUCCUCACCACCCUGUGACUUUCACCUGCUCAACCUGCGCACGCUCCAGGCCGAGGAUGGUACCUUGCCCUCGGCAGAAGCUGCGCUCAUCUUACACCGCAAGGGUUUUGACUGUGGCCUUGAGGCCAAGAACUUGGGCUUCAACUGCACCACAAGCCAAGGCAAGGUCGCCCUGGGGAGCCUCUUCCACGGCCUGGAUGUGGGCUUCCUGCAGCCAACCUCCUUGACGCUACUGUACCCUCUGGCCUCGCCCUCCAACAGUACUGACAUCUACUUGGAGCCCAUGGAGGUUGCCACCUUUCGCCUCCGCCUGGGUUAAGGCUCCCUGUGGCCUGAAGAGAAAGUUCAUCCACAGAGACUGCCUCUAAUACAAGGUUGGAUUGGACAAGCUGCACUGGGUAUCCUGUCCUGAUCUACCUCUCAGAACUGUGACAGACUGGGCUGUGCCCUCAUUUCCUGUUUAUUGUUGCUUCUGUGUUAGGGGGCAACUCACGGCCCAGAGUUGGGUAGCUAGGGCAGACGCUAGCGAGAUCAAGGAGACAAGGCCCUUGGUCAGAAUGGGCAGGGCCAGCCUCUGCUUUGGGUUGAGUGGCUGCCCACUUGGGCACAGGCUCAAGCACCCAUCCUUUUCCCAAAAUGGGAUGGAGGAGAAGCAGGAGAGGUAGUGGAGGCUAAGUGGGUUACAGUCCAGCGUCAAGAGUCACUACAGGUGAGAGCUGGCUCUAGGGGAAUCCUGUUGUUACAUAGGGACUAUAUAUCCUGGCGUGACGAGCAGGAGCCAAGGGAUGCUGGGAGGAGGGCCCAGAGUUAGCAGUGGGGUGGAGGAGUACAAGGAAUCCACUUUCUCAGAUGGCUCCACUCUAAGUGCUCCCUGGACUGCACGCUGUGGCUCGGGGCUGCAGCGUGGUGGAAGGACUCACUAGAGACUGUCAUGGCCAGAGGUCAUAGGACACUUCAGGUACAAAACCCCCAUCUCAAACUGGGCACGUGGUCUGUGUGUUGAUUUGUGGAAUGGUGGCAAGGGCAUGGGAGGUCCUCUACCCUACCUGACUCCUGUUUCGUUCCCGUACUCUGUACACCACUGUCCCCGAGAGCUGCUUCUGAUCAUGGGGGUGUUUGAGCCUUCCCCUGGAAAGAAAGUGAAGCCUCCAAGACCCCAUGUGCGUGGGCAACCUGAGAAGGCUUUCAGCACCAUCCCUCCAGUCAGGCCAUGAAGCUUCACGGUCCAUACAUCCUUCUACAGAAGUCGGUUCCUGGACAGGGACCAGGGAUUGUGAGUAAAGCUGGGGGCGCUGUGGCUGUUCAUCAGCUGUCAUUUCAGCUUCGAUUCAUAGAGAAACAUUUAUGAUAGUCUCUAUAGAUGCUGAAACGAUCUUCAGCAAAAUUUACAAUCUAUCCCUUGUGAAAACUCUUAGUAAGUUUAGAAAUAAACAUUCUAAUCGAGAUAAAGGUCUCGAUCAGAAACCAGCAGUUAAUGGCAUUCUAACGGUUCAAACACCGCAGCAGUCCCAUUCAAGUCCGAAACUAGCCAAGGACCUACUAUUUGGGGGAAGUCCUGGCACUACUCACACCUGCAGUGUAUGGUAAAUGAGGGAGACAAAAAACAGUUAACAGUUGUCACUAUUUGUAGAAGACAGGACGGCCGACCUAUAAAACCUUAAGACAGUCAACUGAAGAGCUAUUAAGAGCAGUCUGUAAGGUGACCCAGAUGAUACCUAUCAUGGCCCUGUACCAAGUCAACCCAUACAUUCAAUGUAUUCCAGUGGGAUUGGAUACUUUGUGGAAUUUGGCAGGUUCCAAAGUUCAUUUGGAAGAGUAUGUCUGAGACUACUCAGAAUUCUGAGUAAUGAUGAGAUGGGUGGUGGUGUUAGGUGGGUGGCAGGCAUGUCCUAAGGGACUUCCCAAGGACUUUCAAGUGACCAUGAUGGUCACUCAGUGUGACCUGGAAUGGGAGCAAAGCGACUGAUGGAACAAAUGGGAGAGUCCAGACACAGACCCAGGGAUAUGGGAAUUUACUAUAAGAUAAAAGGAGUAUUUUAAGUGGGGAAAAAGAUGGAUAAUUUAAUAAACAGUACUUUAACACAA